GACGUUGUCACGUCAAAAUAUUUCCAUGGGGAUAAAACGUCACAAUAGAGAGUUAAGAUUUUAGAUUACGGUAAAAUUAGUGCAGUGCCAAUCCUGGAACAGCUGAUUUCAUUCGUCUGUACAACUUAUUGUUCAUUGAUCUCUGUACCAGGAUUGGUGCAAAUUAUGAUGAUGAAAAUUCAAAACGUCGCUUUUAUGCCUAAGAUCGUUGAGUCUCUGAGAGGACAAUAUUAUUUUUUUAAUUAUGAAAUACAUGCAAAAUCGCUUUCACGGAACUGUCUCUAUUGGAAACAAGACAAUGUCGGUAGCAUUCGCUCCACGAGGUAAUAGACCUCCGCUGAGUCCUGCACAAAUUCAAAAAAUGUUAGAUGAGAAUGCUCACCUUAUACAAACUAUACAAGAAUAUCAAGCUAAAGGACAAUUGAUGGAAUGCCAUCAAUAUCAGCAAGUCCUCCACAGAAAUCUGGUUUACUUAGCUUCAGUUGCUGACGCCAACCAAAACAUCCAAAGUAUAUUACCGCCCCCUCAUGUUCUUGCUGGAAAUAUGCCACAGGGCCCUUUAAACCCUCCAUCUAGUGGAGCAGAUGGCACUGGUCAACAGCAAUAUCGUCCUCCAGGGGUUUCAUCGACACCAACAAGGCCUACACAGUCAUAUGGACAAAGACCAUAUCCACAAACACAAUAUCAAGGCCAGUAUCAGGGAACACCUGGUGUUUAUCCACCACAGGCAGGAUAUGGACCACCCAGCCAAGGAUAUGGUCCACCAAAUCCAUCUCAACAACCACAAGGGUAUCCUCCCAAUUCUAACUAUGGACCACCCAUAACUACUGCUCCCAGCAAUUACCCUCCAUCUUCUCAUCCUGGGCCUGGUUACCCUCCAUCUACUGCCCAACAACCAUAUGCGCCGCCUCCUGGCAGCCCUGCUGCUGCAGGCUCUCCAUAUCCAGUUCGUGGUGCAGCACAACCAGGAUACACAAGCAAUUCAGGAUACCCACCACCUCAAACUGGAUCCAAUUAUCCCAAUGUCGGUGUUAGUACUUAUAAUUCUACACCAUCACAGCCUCAGCCUUAUCAAUCUCAACCUUUCCCAAACACAACCCCAACCUCAGCUUAUUCAUCUACUCCAACUUCACAACCCAAUCGCUCUCCACAACCACCACCCAGUGGUUACACUCCACAAAAUCCUACUAGCUCAGGCUAUGGUUCACCAUCUGCUCAAUCUCCUACUUACAAUUCUAGUUCCCAUGGCAAUACUGCACCUCCCUCUACUGUGGCGUCUGGGGUCACAGCUCCUGGUGGCCCCCCUGGGCAGCAAUACCCCCCAGGUCAACCAUCUCCAUAUCCACCAUCAUCUCAGCCACCAUAUUCAAAUCCAUCUUCACAGCCUGGUAGCCCAGCCCCAUCUGUAUCAACAGCCCCUCCUCCUCAAACUUCAUAUCCCCAAAAUCCACAAUCUUACCCCCCAGCAGCAGGAACUUACCCCCCACAUGCAUACCAACAAGGGUAUCCACCUGCACAGUAUCCACCAUCCCCCUACCCUUACGCUCGCGCGCCGGCUCCAGGGGCACCCCCACCCGGCGCACCUCAGCCUUACCCUGGUUAUGGAUUUCAACCCCCAAACCAGCAGUAAACAGUAAAGCAAUGGUUGGUAAGGUUAAGAUUACUAUGUACUACCUACUUGAAAUGUGGAUGUAUCUUACAAUGAAUAUAAAAAUGUAUUAUUACCACUUUUGAUUGCCCAGUUUUCCUUUCUAAGAAGUUAUAAUAAUAUAUAUGAUGUGAUGUGAUAUAUGUAUAUGAUGUUUUUUUUGUUUAUAAUAACUUUAAUUCUACAAUUUGUUUAACAGGUUUUUCCUAAAUUUAGUAUGCACACAUAAAAAAAAAAGUGGUAAUGAUAAUUCACAGGUAAGAUAUAUACCUGCUAGUAAUUUACUAAUUAUAAACAAAUUGCAGUGUUUCAAGUAUGAAUUAAAUUGAUGGUGGUGACAAAAUUUUUAAUGCUUUUUUAAAUAUUUGCAAUUCUGCAUAAAUGUAGGCAUGAUUAUUUAGUGUUUAAUUACCUGGUUUUAGAAAUGGUAAUGGUGAGUAAGAAAUCAUUAGAAGUACAUAGUUAGAACAUUUUAGUGAAUAUUUUAGUUAACAAAUGAAAUUAGUUCUUAAGAUUUUAACUAAUUAAUGUGUAAUCAACUGGUGAAGUUGAAAUUUUGUGUAAUUAAAUUAAUAUUUCUCAAUUGUUAGUAAUAUUUGACUGAUUUUGUAAUUAAUUGUCAAAACCUAGACAGAUAUGAUAGAGUAUUUAUAUGUAAGAAUAAAGAUGUCGCUUAAAAAUCGGAAUUUAAAAA